UACAACUCCUGUGUUUAAGUAGUUACUCAUGCCAUACAUCUUUGGAAAGCUACAACUCUUGUGAUUUCACUGAUACAAACUAUUCCAAGACAUGAUAACAACAGCAGGUACAAUCAUCGCCUCUGUCUGAGUAACAAACAACUACAAAAUUGAGGUAACUCACCUUUGAAGCCUCAUUGUAAUCCACAGAUCCAUAAUAUUCUGACAAAAACGGUCUUGUUACAUUGACAAAGGUCCAGACGAUCAAAUCCAGUAAACUAUUUAGUCCAAACAUAUUAUGACAUUAAAAUAUAUCCACGGACAGCUGUUUUUAAAUUUCAAAUUUCGCGGCAGUUAUUUAAUAUUUUACUGUAUUUCCUGGAGUAAAUCUUGUUUGCAUAUAUUUUUUUGCCGGUAUCUGAUAUCAAAAUGGCCCCUGCACUCUGACCUUUCGAUUGACACCUCACUUGAACCAAUAGGACCUUCCUGGUCUCGUCUACAGCCUAGAAUAGCCAACGAGUGCCUGCGGUGAAAGAAGGUGCACGCCUUUUUAUUUUGUGCCAAUUGCAACCGGUUGUGCCAAUGACUGACGUUUUGUAUAGCCAAUGAACGGGGAACUGAUGCUUUCGCGGGUAGUUACAAUCCUAAACAAAGGAAUGAUCUGUGUAGUGCAAACACCGAUAAAAACACGGCCCACUACUUUCUACAUCCUAAACCAAAACCGAACGAGAAAUUGAGAAUGGCGAAAAUUAGCAAGUCAAGAAGAUAUACCCUCCAAGAAGCAGUGGAGGAAUGUACUCGGCCACGUGAAAGCGACAAGUCAGAGGAGGAAAUGUCUGAGAAAGACAGUGAAAUGUCUUGCAUGGACUCCGUGGCAGAGGACAUGUUCCUAGAGGGAGGAGACAUUACUCUCGACAAGAAAUGUGAUGUAGAUAUGGAUUGGGAGCCUGCUACAUCUGCACCAGUGAGCAAGUGGCCACAUGGAGUGGAGCAGCAGGACAGUUCAUCAGGUGAUGAGCCUCAUCUUCCAACUCCUCUGAACAGCAGGAGACCAAGAGGUAGAGGACAAGGUAGAGGAAAAGGGAGAGGCUGCAGUCAAGCCAGAUCAAGCAGCCCAUCUGAAGAGAGGUGGAAUGAUGUCGAUGUCCCAGACAUCACACCACCACAGCCCACCUUCAGACCCAGAAAUGUCCCAGGACCCCAGCUCAUACGUACUGCUACGUACACAGCCCUGCAGUUGUUUCAACUGUUUUUUACCAACUCUGUUUUGAAGACAAUACUUCAAAACACCAACCACUGUGGCUCAACACACCAUUCAACACCCUCUAUCCCGUGGAUUGAUCUGACAUUGCAGGACAUGUUUGCAUUCAUGUCUUUAAUUGUUUACAUGGGUGUAGUCAAAUGCUUUUCUUUCACUGAUUACUGGCGUGGGGGUCAUCUUUAUAGCUUGCCGUUCCCGAGACGGGUAAUGACCGGUAAAAAGUUCCUCAGGAUCUCCCAGUCCCUUCACCUCAGCAGCUCUGUGGGUGAUGCUGCUAAUGAGGAAAGGAGAGGCACAGGAGCCUACGACCGUCUGGCUAAGAUAAAGCCGCUCUACGAGGAGAUGAGGGACUCCUGCAGAAGAAACUUUCACCCUGGCCAGGAAAUCUCCAUUGAUGAGCGAAUGGUUGCCUCAAAAGCCCGCACUGGUUUGAAACAAUACAUGAAGAACAAGCCUGUUCGCUGGGGUUAUAAACUCUUUGUUCUGGCAGACUCCAGGAACGGUUAUACAUGGGACUUUUUUUGUUUAUGAGGGAAAGUGCCAGGGAAACAGUGGUAAGGGACUCAGUUAUGAGGCAGUGAUGGAGCUAAUUGAUGUACAGUUGCUGGGCACCGGCUAUAAGGUCUUUGUAGACAAUUUUUAUACAAGUCCAAUCCUGUUUCGUGACCUCCUUCUGAAGAGGAUCUGGGCAUGCGGAACCAUCCGCACAAACAGAAUCGGAUUCCCAAGGUCAAAGGUCAACAUUCUGGUCUCAAAAUCUCCUCGUGGCAGCAUACGUUGGAUCAGGAAUGACUCCCUGCUCUUUGUUCAGUGGCGAGACACAAGGGAUGUUUUUCUGUGCUCAACCCUCCACACAGCCCACGCAGAGGACACAGUGCAGAGGAGGGUCAAAGCUGCAGAUGGGCAGUGGCAGUUGAAGGACGUCUCAGUUCCACCAGUGGUGCAGGACUACAACCGGUGCAUGGGUGGAGUGGACCACUCAGAUGCCCUCAUAGGGUAUUACAAAGUCCUGCACAAGACCCAACGGUGGUACAAGACUCUGUUUUACCACUUCAUGGACAUCGCAAUUGUGAACGCCUUCCUCCUCCAGAAGGACCUUGCAAUUGGCAAAGGAGAGGUACCUCUGCAUCAGAAGGCGUUCAGAGAGACGCUCGCAGUGGAGCUGGCAGAGGCGGGGUCUUCCUCCACAGCCACACCCGGACCACCUCCUGCUCCACGUGGAGCACAUCACAGGCCAGUGCAUAUCAGUGGGCACAGCACUGCUGGUCGGCUGAAGUGCAGGCAGUGUCAUGCAAAGACACCAGUGAAGUGCUCCUCCUGCGAUAUUCCUUUGUGCUUUGUCGCUGGCCGUGACUGUUAUAAUGACUGGCAUGUUGCCAAUGACCUGUAAUUGUAAAUACUAGUA